GAGACUGGAUUUCCUGUGGUUUUAAGUCCGCUAACAAAGUGUACUGUGGGACCUUAAGCAUGGCGGACGAAGAAGAAGGUUAUCGAUGGUUAAAUGAAUAUGAAAAAACUUGGGAAGAAAUCCGAGAAGAUAAUGAAGGAUCUUUGCAAAGUUUGGUGGACGAGCUCAUCCAUCGUAACAAAAGAAAGAGGGCUUUUUCAAGACCAGGAAAUGUCAGGCUUGGCAUGAUGCGACAUAUGUAUUUAAUUAUUGAUAUGUCUAAAGCAAUGGAAGAGGCUGACUUGAAACCAACAAGACUAAAUUGUACUGUCAAGCUACUAGAGAAUUUUAUAACAGAAUACUUUGAUCAAAAUCCAAUAUCACAGAUUGGAAUAAUAUUAACUAGAAAUAAAAGAGCUGAAAAGCUGACAGAAUUGAGUGGUAACCCAAAAUUACACAUCAAAGCUUUGCAAAAAGCUUGUUUACCCAAGAUGUGUCAAGGAGAACCAUCACUACAAAAUUCAUUGUUAGUUGCUGCAAACUCACUAAGAAAUUCAAGAUUUUUAUGUCAAUCCUUGUUGCAGUCUGUUGUGGAACAAAAUAUUAGAUGCUCAAUCAUUGGUCUAGCUGCUGAAAUGAGGGUUUGUAAGACAAUUUGUAAUAAAACACAAGGAAAGUACAAAGUCAUUCUUGAUGAAAAACACUAUAAAGAUCUGCUAAUGGAACAGGUUACUCCACCAGCAGCCAAGGCUGAUACAGAAGCAGCUUUGAUCAGAAUGGGUUUCCCUCAACAUAUGGUCAAGGGACCUCCAUCACUGUGUAUGUGUCAUUUAGACAAUGACUACAGUACAAAAGGGUUGAACACAAGAGGUUUUUUCUGUCCUCAGUGUAAAAGCAAGUACUGUGAUCUUCCUGUUGAGUGUAAAGUCUGUGGUUUAACCUUAGUGUCAGCACCUCAUCUUGCUCGCUCAUAUCAACACUUGUUUCCAUUUCCACAAUACAUAGAAGAACAUUUAACAAUCAGCACAGAAGUACGGAAAUGUCAAGCAUGUCAGAUUAUUUUAAGAGAAAAAUCUGCCUCCACGUGUACAAAAUGUCAGCAGACGUUCUGUUUGGACUGUGAUGCGUAUAUCCACGAGUCCUUGCAUGCCUGCCCGGGAUGUGUAGCUAAAGAAAUAUCACAAUGCAUCGACUUGUAGUAACAACACUUCAAAUGUAUAAAGAAWAUCUUGAGCAAUUAUUAAAAUGUUAAAUUAUUU